AUGUCAGAUGUCAAUGACACCAAAUUCAACUCUGCAGUGUUCCUUCUCACCAGGCUACUGGGUCACAAAGAUGCACAUCUCUGGAUUUCUAUCCCAUUCUGCUUCAUUUAUUUUAUUUCGAUAGUAGGAAAUUCAAUCAUUCUGUUCAUUGUAAAAACAGAUCCAAGCCUCCAUGAACCCAGGUACAUUUUCCUUUCCAUGUUGGCCAUCACAGAUCUUGCAAUAUCGAUAACCACAAUACCGACGAUACUGGGCAUUUACAUGCUUAACUAUAGGCAGAUCAGCCUCAAUGCCUGUUUAGCCCAGCUGUUCUUCAUCCACUUGCUUCAAUGCAUUGAAUCCUCUGUGCUGUUGUUGAUGGCCCUUGACCACUUCAUCAUGAUCCAUAACCCGCUGAGAUAUGCUUCCAUCUUAACCCCACCGGGAAUAGCCAAGAUGGGACUGGUGGCUGUGCUAAGAGCGAUGGCCAUAAUACUUCCACUUCCCUUUCUCCUGAAACGGUUCCAAUACUGUCUAGCCAAUGUUCUUUCCCAUUCCUACUGCCUACACCAGGAGGUCAUGAAGAUGGCUUGUUCGGAUAUCACAGUCAACAGCAUCUAUGGAUUGUUUACUAAACUCUUAACAAUGGGGCUAGACUCGCUGCUCAUCUUCCUCUCUUACGUGAUGAUCCUCAAAACAGUGCUGAGCAUCGCAUCCCCCGUGAAGUGCCUGAGGGUCCUGAACACCUGCAUCUCCCACCCCUGCAUCGUCCUGCUCUUCUACACAUCAGAGAUCACCUUGUCUGUGAUACACAGAUUCGGGAAGGGCUCUUAUCCCUUACUUCAGAUUCUCCUGGGCUACAUCUCGCUGCUUCUCCCACCGCUGAUGAACCCAAUUGUGUACAGUGUGAAAAGCAAACACCUUCGUGUGAGGAUAAUCAGGGUGUUUCUCAAGUGA